AUGUCUGACCCCAACGUCAAGCUUGCUCUACGUAUUCACGACGAAUGUAAUGGCUCAGAUGUGUUCGGCUCAGACAUCUGUACAUGCCGACCUUAUCUGACGUUUGGUAUCGAAGAAGCAGUCAAAGAGGCUCAAAAGGGUGGUUCAGGAGUUGUCAUAUAUUUCCGCAAGGAAGGCAGGGCUCUUGGAGAGGCGCUUAUGCCAGAUAUCUUGCAUUGGCUCGGUAUCACCAAAAUUGAUCGAAUGUUGAGCAUGUCGAAUAUGAAACACGAUGCCAUCGUUGAACAGGGCAUUCCGAUUCACGAGCGAGUUGAGCUGCCUGACGAAAUGAUCCCUGCCGACAGCAGAGUAGAGAUUGAUGCCAAGAUAGCUGCAGGAUAUUUCACCAACGGCAGCGUGAUGACGAUGGACGAGCUGUCGAACGUUCAAGGUCGCGCUUGGGAGGAUGUCGAUCACUGA